AUGCUACAAGUGCCAUACACUGCUGCCUGGCCGGUAUGUGAUGAUAGAACGGAAUCGUUGGACCAGCAUAUGGACCAAAAGGCUACGCUGGCUUUCAGACACCCGUCAGCGCUGCCGCUCCUUUUACGGCGGCCGAAUUUCGUUCCUUUCGACCCAGAUGAUCCUGAGGAUGGGGCUUUCUUGAGCUACAUCUGCAUGGGCCAGAUAGUGAACUGCAAAGGACCUGGUAUCCAGCUAAUCAACAGCAUUGGCACCAGACUUCAUCUGCGUGCAACUACGCUUCGGCCGCCACCGCAGGCGGCACAGCAAUGCGAGGAAGAUGAGCUAUCGUGGCUGCUGCCCUGCUGUGCCCGAGGUCUCGGAUCAAGCGCAAAAGGCAGUGUUAGACGUGAAGGAGCCGGUACUGCGCCCUCCGCUGCGGCAUCGAGCAUGGAUGGAAGCCAUUAA